AUGGGAUUUGGCAAAUUGAACCCUUGCAUGUUCAUGGCGGGCAGCUGCUGUCGUGGUUGUAUUCUCGUGAGAAGAUGGGCAAAUAUGCUUCUGGCACAUAUGUACGGAACUAGAAAAUGCAGGAUCGCCAUGGCGGAGCGGAUCUCUCCCCGCACGGUGGCGCACAAUCCCAGCGACCAAUCUCCGACCAGAACAGGGCCUUCCCGUCCUGGCAGGGGCCGUUGUGGGCUGAACUCUACAGUUCCCUCCCUGCAUGCCGAUCGUCUUAUUGGCCCAGCACUAUUCGCGAACGCCGAGGCAGAAUCGAAAGGAUAA